AUGGCUUAUACUUAUUCCACCAAGAGGAGGCUAAAAUAUUCAAGCACAACACCAAAUAAGUGGGCUGAUGAGCUCCCAACUGAGCUGUUAGGGUUGAUCGUGAAAAAGCUCGCUUCUAAUUUCAUGGACAUCAGUCGCUUCAAAGCCGUCUGUUCUUCUUGGAACGGCGCUGUAAGAUCGUAUACCUCCGCCCCGUUGCCUCAAUAUCCAGGGCUCAUGUACCCCUCCACGCGAUGGGGUUGGAAUAGGAAUGGCAUAUGCUUCUUCAGUCUUGCAGAGAAGAAGGUUUACAAGACGGAAGCAUCUCAAGGCUUUCUUAGAGUCGAUUCCUUUUUGGGUUCAUCACAUGGGUGGCUGGUGAUGGGGAAGGGGGCUUGGACAUUGGGCGAAAUUCGUCUUUUCAAUCCAAUUUCUAGAAAAAGCAGGACGCUUCCUCCCUUGCCGCGUGGGUCUCCAAUCCGUAAAGUUGUGCUUUCCUCGGACCCCUCUCGCAACAACAAUUUUGUCGUUGUGGUAAUUCAUGAGACCUUGAACAUAGCAUUCUAUCAACACGGCAGAGGAGGAGAAAACGCUACUGCAUGGACUGAAUUAGAGGGUUCACAUGAUCAUUAUUUUGAUAUCCUACUCUGCAACAAUGGUCAUUUAUUUGCACUGUCCAAAGACCACUCAAUUCAAGUUUGGGACUUCGGGGACACCUAUAAUAAUAAUAAUCCCACGAAGAUCAUGCAUUUUCGACCUUCCAUGGCUUGGAAUGGUAUUCAUGGAACCAUGAUGGGGAAUAAAAAAUGGUUGGUGGUGUUGGAUAACAAUCAAUAUAAAACCAAAAUAACAGAAUAA